AUGCCUGUGACAUUCGGAGAACUUAGCACCCUCACCACACCACUUUCAGUGGCCCGGUUUUGUGCUUUGCUCUUCAGCUGCCUCACUUUCAGCCUGGCUGCCUCAGCCAGCUUCAUCUCCAAACUCAACAAACCCUACACGGACCUUUACACCUUCUGCAUGGUCAUAUGGUGCCUCUUCUUCAUCCUUACCUUCCUGGUCAUGCUAAUCCACUUCAUCCAGUUCCACAAUUUGCUACCACUAUCCUGGAAGAACCUGACAGCCACGGUGGCAGCGCUUGCCACCCUCAUGACCUUCAGUACAUCCAUCACUUUUUCAUGGAUCUUAUAUUCAGCAUCUAAUCUUGAUGUACCUGAAUCCAAAAGUAUAGCAGCUGCUGUUGGGUCGUUCCUUACUGUUCUGGCGUACAUUGCGGAGGUGUAUUUGAUCAGAAGGCAAACUGAUGCACAGCUGCGCGGCUACAUGGCGACUCUACCUGGCCUGCUUAAGGUUUUGCAGGUUUGCGGAGGCUGUGUCGCCCUUGUGAUGCUUAGCGUUCAAAAUGAAGUCCCGUGGAGAGUCUGUGUGUCAGCAGUGACCUACGGUGUGUGCUUGCUACCGUCCAGUGGGACAGUACUGGUAAUGCUGAUGGACUGUGCCGCUCGGAGCCCGGUGCCAUUCGACCGACUCCUGGCUGUGUUCACUCUGCUGGGAGUGAUCAUGUACAUAGUGGGGACAGUGGUCAGCUUCACACAGGCGCUCAAGCCACAAAAUAAAGAGAUGUAUGUUGUAAUAAGUGAGACGGUGAUGGCGUGUAUCACUCUGCUGGCAUAUACUGUGGACCUGGCAUUUUCUAUUAAACUACUGUGUGAUCGAAAGUAA